AUGGGAAAAUUCAGUUUGAAAAAGACUCCUAAGCCGUCAAGCUCUGGUCCUAAAGAACCACCACCUCCCCCUCCCAAACCUGCAGCUCCAGCGAAGCCACCAUCACCGCCGCCACCACCUUCCAACCCUCCAGCAGCUCCAGCGAAGCCACCAUCACCACCACCAGCGAGUCAUCCAGCAUCUCCACCAGAGCCGCCAUCAUUACCAUCACAUAACCCUCCAGUAACUCCAGAGCGGCAACCACCGCCGCCAGGAGAACCCCAUGGGACAGAGCCGAACCAUCCAACAGAAACAUCAUUGCCAGGAGAAGCCCACGGGACAGAGCCGAGCCAUCCAACAGAAACACCACUGCCAGGAGAACCUCACAGAACUGAGCUCAAACAUCCAAUAGAAACGCCACUGCCAGGAGAACCCCAUGGGACAGAGCCGAACCAUCCAACAGCAACACCACUGCCAGGGGAACCCCACGGGACUGGGCUCCAACAUCCACCACCACUCGGUCAUCCAGACACCGAGCCGGGACAUCCGGAAGAGCCACCGUUCGAAGUCCCGAGUGCUCAGCAGCCACAUGUGUCGCAAGCACCUCCAAAACCCCUGCAUCCGGGUACCAUCGCUCCUGAUAAUGAACAUCGACCGACAAGUUCAUACCCACCAAAUGAGAACUCUUUCCCAUUCGGCUCAGGAGCAACUGACCCAAACUCGUAUUAUGGCCAGCAGCCCAGCUACAAUUGGCAAGAUGACUUGAAGAGCCAGCUCACAGGUAUCGGUGCGAAUGCAGCGAAUACCACAGUCACAGGUCUUAUCCAAACUGGUCUGCAAAAAUGGCAAAAUCAGCAGUACCCGAAUAUGUACCCAGGGGGAACUGUAAAUCCCAACGCGUACCCUUCAGAUCCUAACGCAUACCCCACCGAUCCUAACGCAUACCCUUCGGAUCCUAACGAAGACUCUUUAGAUCCUAACGCAUACCCUUCAGAUCCUAAUGCAUACCCCACCGAUCCUAACACAUACCCUUCGGAUCCCAGUAUGGGUGCGGAUCCCAGUAUGGGUAUGGAUCCCAGUAUGGGCGCGGGAUUCGAUCACGGUGCUGGUGUCCAUAGCGGCGCGAACGUCAAUAACGGCGGGGACUCCAGCACAUACAACACGAACUUCGCCAACAGCACGAAUGCUGGCAACGGUGUAGAUUCCAACGCAUACAAUACGAAUUUCCUCAACAACAUGAAUCUCGGCAAUGAUAUGGAACACGGUGACGAUAUGGAACACAGUGGCGAUAUGGAACACGGUGACGAUAUGGAACACAGUGGCGAUAUGGAACACAGUGGCGAUAUGGAACACAGUGGCGAUAUGGAACACGGUGACGAUAUGGAACACAGUGGCGAUAUGGAACACGGUGACGAUAUGGAACACAGUGGCGAUAUGGAACACGGUGACGAUAUGGAACACAGUGGCGAUAUGGAACACAGUGGCGAUAUGGAACACAGUGGCGAUAUGGAACACGGUGACGAUAUGGAACACAGUGGCGAUAUGGAACACAGUGGCGAUAUGGAACACGGUGACGAUAUGGAACACAGUGGUGAUAUGGAACACGGUGGUGAUAUGGAACACGGUGAGGACAUGGAACACAGUGGUGAUAUGGAACACGGUGAGGAUAUGGGGCCGUAUGACGGGUUGGAGACUGAUGGUGGGACAUAUUCUCCUGGGGGAACAUAUUGGCCUGGCGAACAAUAUCACGAUGAAGACGACAUAGAGGGCGAUGAUGAGGCUAAUGGAGGGUUUUUUGACCCCGCGGGUGAACACACUGCAGAGGAUGGUCACUCUGGAGGCGCCAGCAUGUUGGGGAAUGCGACAUACGGCGCAUCCAUCCCUCAACCCCCCGGCGCAAGGAUUGGGGUAACCAUCCGAUAG